AUGAAAAUCAUCGACAAGGAAGAACGCGAGGCCCACGCCUCCUAUGUCCUCUCUGAAGGUUUGAAAGGUAUGUUCUACGGCUCCGUAGUGUCUUUGGGUCUUUUCUCUUAUCUCAGAUUGAGACACCCGGCCCGGUUUAGAAGUUUCAACACCUCCAUCAAGGCUUGUAUUCUUACCAUGCCCACCAUCUCGCUCGCUGCGUUUUUCGCCGAUGAAGGAUCGGUGGAGUUCGAUAGAAGAAUGUACUCGUCGGGCUACACCAACAAGAAGGUGCUCGAGGAGUACCGGGAUUGGAACAACUUGCCAGUGUCAGACAAGGUAUUCACCACCUUGAGCAACAACCAGUACAAAGUGAUUUUCACUUCAUGGGUGGCAUCCAUGUAUGGUUCGUGGGUGUAUGUGAAUCGGGACAAGGUGAUGACUACUCCACAGAAGCUUGUUCAGGCUAGAAUGUAUGCCCAGGCCAUCACCAUUGUGUUACUCUUGAGCACGGUUCUUUUGGCAAUGAAGAAGGAGGAAAUCAACAAGAAACGUCCAGCUCCCAUUCCUGAGUGGAAGAGAGUGCUACAGGAGAAGGAGGCUGAGUUGGCCGAGAGGGCAGCCGAAGAGUAG